UCGCUCAAGCGACCGGCUCUUAAAACCGUGGGAGCGGCGCGGCGGCUAGAGCCCCUGGACUCAACCUAGAGAGCCCCUCGCGAGGUAAGGCGCGCGCCUGACAGGCUCAUAAAACGCACUCGCUCGCCUGCAGUCCUCACGCUCCAAAUUCUGCCUCGCUACACCCGGGCUUCAGAGCCCUCAGAACUUCGCAGUUCCCUGUCGGCGACGAGGAGCAUCUGGUAAAAUAGCGCCUAGGGUUUUGCUUGUUUGUUUUCAACAGCUACCUACGACUUGUAACGGGCUGCGUGAUAAAAUGAGUCUAUGGAAACGGUUGCCAGGGCCGGCGAACUGCGGCUCCAGGAAGUCCUUUGACGCUUUCGUAACAAUGAAGCUAUUGAACCAAUGAGGUGCCUCUUCCGGUUUUGUCCGCGCUCGCGCAGUACUUCUUCAUCAAGGUUGCCUUUAACCCCGGAAUUAAGAUCUUCCGGGCCUCUCCCUCCUCAAGAUGGCCGCUGAAGACGAGUUACUGCUGCCGCGGCUCCCAGAGCUAUUCGAAAGCAGCAAACAGCUGCUAGAUGAAGUAGAAGUAGCGACUGAACCCGCCGGUUCCCGGAUAGUCCAGGAGAAGGUGUUCAAGGGCCUGGACCUCCUUGAGAAGGCUGCCGAAAUGUUAAAGCAGCUCGACUUGUUCAGCCGAAAUGAAGAUUUGGAAGAGAUUGCUUCCACCGACCUGAAGUAUCUGUUGGUGCCAGCGUUUCAAGGAGCCCUCACCAUGAAACAGGUCAACCCCAGCAAGCGUCUAGAUCAUUUGCAGCAGGCUCGAGAACACUUUAUAAACUACUUAACUGAAUGCCGUUGCCAUCAUGUGGCAGAGUUUGAGCUGCCCAAAACCAAGGACAACUCAGCUGAAAAUCACACUGCUAAUUCCUCCAUGGCUUAUCCUAGCCUCGUUGCUAUGGCAUCUCAAAGACAGGCUAAAAUAGAGAGAUACAAGCAGAAGAAGGAGUUGGAACAUAGGUUGUCUACAAUGAAAUCUGCUGUGGAAAGUGGUCAAGCAGAUGAUGAGCGUGUUCGUGAAUAUUAUCUUCUUCACCUUCAGAGGUGGAUUGAUAUCAGCUUAGAAGAGAUUGAGAGCAUUGACCAGGAAAUAAAGAUCCUGAGAGAAAGAGGCUCUUCAAGAGAGGCAUCAACUUCUAACGCAUCUCGCCUUGAGAGGCCUCCAAUGAAACCCUUCAUUCUCACUCGGAACACAGCCCAAGCCAAAGUAUUUGGAGCUGGUUAUCCAAGUCUGGCAACUAUGACGGUGAGUGACUGGUAUGAGCAACAUCGGAAACAUGGAGCAUUACCAGAUCAGGGAAUAGCCAAGGAAACGCCAGGUCAUCAGAAUGAAGGAAAAAGUCUGAGAAAGAGCCUAGAGGAGACUAAGGAGACAAACAACAAAAUGUACUGUGGUAUCCUGGAUAGGAUCCUGGAAUGGAAAAGGGACUUUAGAAGAAUUCAGAAAAGCAGCUCAGCAACAGGAAAAUCAAGAAAAAAAGGAGGAAGACGACGAUGAACAAACACUGUACAGAGCUCGGGAGUGGGAUGACUGGAAGGACACCCAUCCUAGGGGCUAUGGCAACCGACAGAACAUGGGCUGAUCUUCCCACAACACCACAGACAACACCACAGGACUGCAAGGUGCACACCUCCCCCGCCAAGAAAAAUCAUGCAGUCCUCCCCUCCCUGGGCUCCCACUGCAGCUAUGUACAACAAAGGCAAAGAUGCUAAAUCUUGCUUUACAUUCAAUAAAGUGUCAAGUGAUUAAGUGUGUAUUUGUAUCCUAGGUGAUGUGAACCAGCAGUCUUGUUUUAGCAUCAUCAUCCUCAUCAUGUUGUAUUCUGAUUUCUUACAUAGAAAGAAAAGAGUGCUGAGAAAUGGCUCUGUAUAAUCAAUGGCUGUCUGAAUUCUCUGAAAAAAUAAAAGUCUCCUCUAUUACAUGAGCCUGUGCAGAAA